UUGCGGCAUUCGGGACCCCCGACUCGGUUCGGGGACGUCUUCACUUCUUUCCUGACGCUCGAGCCUCCACACCGUGUUUUUUCAAAUAACGGUGGUCGGAGGCAUUUCCAAGAAUGGCCGCCAUGCGUCGGCCGUCCAUCUGCCUGGCCGUCGUCCUGGUGUGCGGCAUCGCCUUGCACGGAGUCCAAGCCGCGCGAGGGGUCAAAACGAAAAAUUACGGCUAUGGACAGUUCAAGAGCCCAAUCAGGGAAAGGAUUGAAAUGUCCCACAACUCUGGCACCGGCGGCAUCAAGAGUCCCGUCAUGGAGAGAAUCGAAAUGUCUCGAAACACCAGUGCAUUCUGCGACGUUCCACCAAACCCCAGUGCUGCGUCCACAUCUUGCCAAAGGAAACGGGACAGCAUGCGGUGCACAGCCAACUGCAUGACUGGGUUCCAGUUUCCCGACGGGCGACGUCACAUGACACUGAACUGUGAUCUCACGACACGCCAGUGGACGCCACUUCAGCGGUUUCCCGAUUGCGAAGGAGUGUGUCAGCCUCAAUGUCUCCAUGGGGGUCGUUGCUACGGCAACAACCGGUGCGUCUGCUCCAACCAGUACAGGGGAGACUAUUGCCAGUACCCCAUCACCCUGUGCGACGGCCACACGCUGGGCGCUGGCGGAUCGUCAUGGCACUGCAACCACACACACGUCGAGACCAUCUGUCAGGUGUCGUGUCCCGCAGGACUCGAAUUCCAAGCACCCGGAGCGGCACCAGUGUACAGGUGCAGCCUGACCGGUGUCUGGGACCCACCUUUCGUUCCACCGUGUGUUCCUGGAUCUUCCCGUGCGAACACGUCAGCACACGGAGACUUGAACCAGGGUCAGCAGACAGUGACGGAGGGCUCCGAGCACGACGGUCAACAGCAACUCGAUCUCGGGGGACACGUGACAGAAGUCACCACGAAAAAGAACUUGGUCAGUGAUUCGCUGACAGACAAGGGUUCCGACCUGCCACCAGAAGAGAUUCCCGGUGAAAAUGAGCUUCCACCAGCGUCCACCGGUGUGUGCAGCACGUGGGGUCGAUUCCAGUUCAAGAGCUUCGAUGGCACCUUGUUCGUUUCGCGGGCACCUGCCGCUACGUCCUCCUCAAAGACUGCGCCCAACCGGACCCCUCGGCGAAGUUCUCAGUCGAACUCCAGCACUCCGAGGGCUGCCCCAACGUGGCCAACUGCACUCGAAUGUUGCACCUCGUUGGUGCAGGAGCCGGUGAGCGCGUGCAUUACCCUGGGCCAGGCCCCGCCAGAGGACGCUCAACCGCUCGUAGAUGCUAUUCCUGGCUUGAGCGCGCAGCACGCCGGGAAGUACCUCGUUCUACAAAGUCCACAAGGAUACACUGUGUGGAUUGAUGAGGAGUCCGUUCAGAUUCGAGUGACACCGGCAUUACGCAAGAGCGCGUGUGGCCUCUGCGGUCACUUUGAUGGCGAGCCGUCCAACGACUUGACUCUCCUGGACGCCAGAAGCGCCCUCACACCACGAGAGUUUGGAAUAUCGUGGGUGGUGGAGAGAGAUUGCAUCCACAGUGGCCUUGAGAGGGAAGCUUGCGCUGUGCGCUCUAGCGCUGACAAGAAUGUAUCCCUGACAGCUUUCGACCGCUGUUCCAUCAUCUUCAACGACAUCUACAGGGAUUGCCACAAGGUAUUGAGGCCAAACCGUUUCUUCGAGUCCUGUCAACAGGACUGUUGCGACAGGCGUUCGCCCUCGGGCUGCGAGUGUGCCACCUUGGAUGAGUACUUCCGCGAAUGCCAACGCCUCGGCGUCGACCUCAAGGAAACGUGGAGAAGAGACACAGUCUGCCCCCACACGUGUGACGGUGGUAGUGAAUACCACGAGUGCGGUCCUGCUUGUCGUGCCACGUGCGCCGACCGCGAGCCGGCAUGCACGCUCAGCCAAUGCGCCUCAGGCUGCCACUGUCCCCAAGGAUUGCUCUGGGACAGCGGCCGCUGCGUGGAGCCGAGACAGUGCGCCUGCACCUACAGGGGCCGGAAGUACCAGAGCGGCGAGCAGGUCGACCAAGACUGCAACACAUGUGUGUGUGACGACGGCCGCUGGCAGUGCACCAAGGCCAUCUGUGACGCAACAUGCUCGGUGCUUCUGGGACACAUCUACACCACCUUUGACGGCGGACGGUUUCAGACGCGCGGUCAUUGCGGGUUCAUCCUGCUACAGGCGCAAGGCAUCCGGGUAAUCCAGAACAAGCAUGUGUGCGCUGGUUUACCAAAGGACGCCGUCUGCUUGGGAGACAUACACGUACAGAUAGGAGAGAACAUCCUAGUGUCCAUAAACCAGCAGCUGCAGGUUCUCAUCAAUGCCCGGGAGCUGACGUCCCUUCCCGCCGUGCUUCCGAACGUCACAAUCACGAAGCCAACGUCCUUCUUUAUCGAGGUGGAGACCAAAGGCCUGACGCUCCUGACGGACGGCAAGAGCCGUCUCGUCCUCACUGCCGACGAAGGUCUCUACACUAAGACGAUGGGCAUGUGCGGCACAUUCAACCACAACAGCCAGGACGACUUCUUGUGUCCCGGAGGCGACAUCGACUACCAGGUGGCAUGCGCUGGCCUUUCGAGCUGUGGUAUUGACAACCCAAAAAAUGUGGAAUCGUUCGCGAAGCAGUGGGCCGACGGCGAAUGUGCCAGCGUCGAAGCUGUGACCACGCAGUGCGACCGAGACACCUUGCUCUGGCCCGAGAGCAAACACAUUUGCAGGCAGCUCUACCAAGGCGCAUUCACUGGCGUGUACUGCGAGCACGGCCAGACUUACCAAAGCUGCGCUCCGGUGUGCGACUCAAGCUGCGCGCUGAUCGGCCGCAACACGUCGUGUGGAGGACGCUGCGUGGAAGGGUGCGCCUGUGAGCCGGGCUUCAGCCUGGACCGCCGAGGCCGCUGCGUGCCCAUCAGCCAGUGCGGAUGCCUGUUCGCCGGUCACGAGUACCCUGCAGGAUUCAAGCAGCGAAGGCACGAUCAGCACUGUGAGUGCCUGGCGGGUCAGUGGCAGUGCAGACCGGCGAGCGCCGACGAAGUGAUCCUGGUGCCUCCGGCGAGCGAGUGCGGCACAAACGAGGAAUACACCGAGUGCCGUUCCAACUGUCCGGCCACUUGCGCGUCACUCCACAGCCCUCCGGCCGCUGGAAGCUGCGCCGUCGACGUCUGCCAGGCUGGAUGCCAAUGCCGAAAGGGUUUCGUCCGAGACGAAAGGACUGGAUCCUGCGUUCCUCCCACUUCGUGUCCCUGCCAGCACGGACUGCGAAGCUACGCUGACGGAGACAAAAUUGACAUCGAAUGCAAUCAGUGCAAGUGCGAACGCGGCCGCUGGCUGUGCACUCAGCACGAGUGCGCUGGCACGUGCGUCCUGUGGGGAGACUCGCACGUGCGCACCUUCGACGGGCUGUCGUUCGACUUCCGCGGCACGUGCGACUACGUCCUGGCCAAGGGCCGGCUCUCCGGCAACCACACCGUCAGCGUGGUCGUGCAGAACGUGCCCUGCGGAAGCAAGUCUUCCUGCGCCAAGACAGUCACCGUCAUCGCCGGUUCUGAGGAGCCCCUGGUGCUGACCGAGGGCCACCCGGUGCCACCUGUAAGCGACGACAGUGCUAUGAGCGUCCGCAGCAUCGGUCUUUUCGUGGCCGUCUAUGUUCGUGGAAGUCUGAGCGUCUACUGGGACAAGCACACUCGUGUCUACGUAGUCGCCGGACCGGUGUGGGCGGGAAAGCUCAGCGGUCUGUGCGGUAACUUCAACGGCGAUGGCACCGACGAGUUCCGUUCCCCGUCGGGUGGACCAGCCCUGCCACAGGCCGAAGAGUUCGUGGAUUCGUGGCGUCUGCACAGCUACUGCGCGCCCGCGGUACCCGCGCAGCACGGGUGCCUGCAACGCCCCGAGCGGCGAGAGUGGGCAGCAUCCCGAUGCGCAGCACUGAAGGAGCAACCCUUCCGCGAAUGUCACAGCGAAGUUGACAUGCAACCAUUCCACGAUCGCUGCGUGUCGGACACGUGUUCUUGCGACACCGGCGGAGACUGCGAGUGCCUGUGCACCGCGCUGUCCGCGUACGCCCACGAAUGCGCCCAGAGAGGAGUCCGCGUUCUUUGGCGCUCCCAGGAACUCUGUCCGGUUCAGUGCGAGACGUGCGACGAGUACUCGGCGUGCGUGAGCGGCUGCGAGCCCCCGAACUGCGCCCACCCGGCGUCCGAGACCAACUGCCCGAAGGCGGCGCCCGUGUGUCUCGAAGGCUGCGCCCCGGCGCGCUGCCCGACGGGCGAAGUGCACCGCAAUGCCACGGACCACCGCUGCGUGCCGUUCGCCGACUGCGAGAUACCGCCGGAGACCGGCUGCAACGUCGGCGGAGUCCCCUACAAGGAAGGACAGAGGGUCGCCACGCCCAAUCCGUGUCAAUCGUGCUACUGCAAGAAAGGUCAAGUCGAGUGCAUUGGACGACCGUGCCCCUUGGAGCUGAAGACUUGCAACCAGAGCGGAUGGUCCGACUGGUACAGCAUGUCUGAACCUAAAUUUCAGCGGGGCAACGACUUUGAGAUCUUGAUGGCGCACGCCGACCAUUGUCCGGUGGAUAACAUGGUGCGCGUCGAGUGUCGCACCGUCGACGGUCACGUACCGUGGAACGAGACCGGGGAUUCGAUGCUCUGCUCGGUCGCUACCGGACUCCGCUGCCUCAAGGAAGACCAGUACGGAGAACCCUGCGCUAACUACGAGAUGCGCGUCUACUGCCAAUGCGCCGAGGAAACGACGCCAACACCUUUCAUACCGACCACCGUGACAUUGAUCGGACCUUACUGUGACGCCUGGACUCCGUGGAUCAACCAGGACACUCCCUCGGAUGACGGUGGAGACAACGAGCUAUUGGCCAACAUACCGCGCUUCUCGGAGAUCUGUCCCGAGCUGGCAGCCGUCGAGUGUUUGCCCGCUGACCCAGCGCACAGUGUGGACGCCGAGAAAGAAAUGGCAAGGUUUGCGGAGCCAUGCAAUAAAAAGGGACUCCUCUGCACGCCUGGCACACCAUGCACUGACUACAAAGUGCGCGCCUACUGUAAAUGUCCGUCGACAGAAGUACCCACGACACCACUUCCUGAAGUCACCACAACAAUAAGCGUGUGUCCCCCUGGUAGCCGGUGGUCAGAAUGCGGCCUCCGCUGCAACGCCACCUGCGACCACUUCUUGCACGCGCUGCGCUCGGAGGGUUUCUGCGUCGGAGAGGACGCCGCUUGCGUGGCCGGCUGCUUCGGCGCGGGCUCCCACUGCGAACUGGGCAGUCUGCACUUCGACCUGGGAGAGCUGCGUGCCCGCUCAGCACUGCCCCUGUUUCAUGCAGGGCAAGGAAGCACCACUCGCACCGGGAGAAGUGGUGGAGCAAGAGUUGAAAAAUGCCAGUGUCUGCACAAUCAAGUCAGCUGCGUCAGCAUUCCAGGUUGCGGAACCACUGCUGCGUCAGAGACUACAACAGCGCCAGUGCCCACGACAGUGUGGUCACCAUCUCCCGAAGGUGGCUGCUGGACUCCGUGGUUGAAUGACGACGUGCCUGAAGGGCCCGGCGACUUCGAAGACAUUCGGACGCUUCAGGCUGAGGGCAAAGCAUGCGUCGACCCUGCAGCCAUCGAAUGUCGAGUCACCGGCAACAAGACGCACUGGACGCAAGCUGGACAGAAAGUGGAGUGCUCCUUGCAGCACGGCAUGCGAUGCUGGAACAGCGACAAUGGGCCACGCGGCUGCUUGGACUACGAAGUGCGCCUCUACUGUCCCUGUGAGGAAGUCGUUCCGACCACGACUACGAAGGAGGUUGUAACACCGGAGUGCCGCCAAGGUUGGAGUUCGUGGAUAAACAGUCACACACUGGACAACCUCGGAGACCAGGAGAGCUUGCAGUCGGUGAUUGAAUCUGGUCUGCUAGACUGCCCAAAGCCGACGUCGAUCGAGUGCAGAGAAACUGGAACUCGGGUACCAUGGAAUCUGCUCGGCAUGAUUGGUGUACGUUGCGACCUCUCGUCCGGACUGCUCUGCCGAAGCAGCGCUCAGCCGAAGGGCAGGAGCUGUGUCGACUUCGAGGUGCGCUUCUACUGCGACUGUGGUGAACCGACUGUGCUGCCCCCACGCGUCACAUAUAGUACGACACCCGUGCCGACCACCGUGGCUGUCGUCACGACACCACGUGUGUGCGCCUAUUGGUCCGAGUGGUUCGACACGAGCCGACCCGGCAUUAAUGGUCAUGACGGCGAGCGGGAGCCUGGAGUUCGCGGCCACCCUGAGCUUGAGGGCUUCUGCGAACAUGGCUACGUGAGCGCGGCCAGCUGCCGAAACGACCAGGAUGUCGACUUCAGUCAGACGGGUCAGCUGGGACUCGACUGCUCCGUAACAAAUGGCUUCACCUGCAGCGAUGCCGAUCAACCAGCCGAACGCCGAUGCGAAAACUACAAGAUUCGAUUCUACUGCUCCUGCGAGGGCUCGACCUCAACGGAGAUUGUCGUCAUUCCAACACAACCACCGACACCACAUCCUUCCUGCUCUUCAUUCAUCCGGGUUAUCGAUGGCCCCGAACCCCUCAGUGAUUCGAACCUGAAGGCCAGCAGCAGCCGAGACCCUCUCAGUGGACCACAGGCAGCUCGUCUACGCAGCCCUGGAUCUUGGGUGCCAAAUCUUGACAGCAGCACAGUAUUCAUCGAAGUGGACCUUGGAAAAGUGACCAAAGUGUACGGAAUGGAGACGGCCGGAGACCCGUUGAUUGGAGCAUGGGUGACGUCGCUGAACGUGCUCUACAGUCAGGAUGGCAUUGCCUACAGCCUAAUAUCCAACCCAGACGGAUCUCCUAAGAUGCUUGGCGCGAACCAUGACGCCAGCUCGAUUCACAAACAAUACUUCAAAGAACCUAUUGAGGCCCGGUUCAUACGCAUUCAGCCGCGCAGCUGGGAAAACCAAGUGGCACUUAAACUCGAGCUUCUAGUCUGCGCCAUCGAGACGUUUACUGUCAAGCCACCACGGGAACCGGGAGCACAUCUUGUCUGCCAAGAGCCAAUGGGACUCGAGAGCGGGCUGCUGGACCAGCAGGCAUUGCACGCUUCGUCCGAGAGGGAUGAAGAGCACGAAGCCAACGAGGGAAGGCUCGGUGGCCACGGCUGGGUCGCCGCUGUCUCCGACAAGCACCAAUACCUCCAGGUUGACUUUGGUGAGCCCCGCGAACUAACUGCAGUUGUGACCAAGGGUCGGGAAGAGGCCGCACAGUGGGUCACUUCUUACACCGUACAGCACAGCAACAAUGCCCACAGAUGGAAUACUAUCAAGGACGUUGAUGGAAACAAUCUUGUGUUUACGGGCAACUUCGACGCCAGUACAGCAGUGACAAGAGCGUUCCCGAGAGCUGUUAGCGCUCGUUACUUGAGGAUUGUGCCCGUCACCUGGAAGAACUGGAUCGCCCUACAGCUUGAAGUACUGGGAUGCGAGCCCACGCCUAGACCUCCCGUGACUACACCAACGCCAACUACGACGGUUAGCGAGGGGCCAGUCGUGGUGGAAGUAGAGUUUCGCUGUCCGGAACCGAACGGCUUGUUCCCGGACGCAGCAGACUGUCGCCGCUUCUACCACUGCUCGAACGACCAGCCUCACCACAAAUGGUGCCCCGGAGAGCUCCACUUCAAUCCGACACUGCUCGUGUGCGACUGGCCUCACAACGCCGGAUGCGAACAAGGAGGAAAGCUGGAGAUAACGACACCAACACCUACCGAGGAGCCAUGCGUGGCGUAUGGUCCGUGGGUGAGCACGAGUGACCCGACGCCGGAGACCGGAGGUGACGUGGAGGACGUGGCCAGGGUGGUGGCCGAGUCCGGGCUCUGCUUUUACCCUAUUGGCAUCGAGUGUCGGGAGUACGCCACCGACGCCGAUUACAGCAAGACGGGGCAGGUGGUCAGCUGCGACUUGGAGCGGGGUCUGCGCUGCGUCGACAGUGACCAGGCAGACGGCCGCACUUGUCUGAACUACAAAGUGCGCGUCAAGUGCUGGACUUGCGCACCUCCUACGACGACCGAACUUCCAACCAUUCCGCCGGCCGUUCCUUGUCCGGAGGUGGAGAUUGCAGACAACGCCACUUUCUGCCCUCAAGGAUGCGCCAGCGGAUUCGCCUGCGACGGAGACCAGUGUGUGCACGUGGCGGACUGCCCAUGUGUCCGCGAUGGCAAGACAUUUCCGGUGGGUGGCAUACUGGAGACGAGGACAUGCCAUGAGUGUCAAUGCCACCUUGGCGGCCGGUCCAGCUGCCUUCCUAAGACCUGCCCACCCUGCCCCAAGGGCCGACCUCAGACGAUGAGCGCGGAUUGCUCGUGCGAGUGCGGAAGUUGUCCACAGGACCAUCGGCUCUGCCCGACCUCGGGAGAGUGCAUCGCCAAAGAGUUCUGGUGCGACGGGGUCAUCCACUGCAACGACGACGAGACGGACUGCGAAAUGACCACGACUACAGCUCCGUGUCCUCCUCUUCUAAAGAAGUUCUGUGCCAAGGGUGAAACCUUAGUCGUCGUCAGGGAUGAACUCGGCUGCGAGCAGUAUGCAUGCGACGGUAAUCUCUAUGUUUCAGAGUCCGGUGUCCCGCCGCCUGCAAUCGCUGCGCCCCCAGUCGUCGAGUCUGAGUGCGAGCUGGUUGGUCACCACUUCAAGACUUUCGACGGUAGCCACUUCGACUACAGCUACUGCAACCACGUGAUCGUCCGCGACACCGGAAACAUCAGCAUUUCUGUGCAGAGAAGCUGCGCGCUUGGAGACGAGACGACGUGUCCCAAGCGAGUGACGAUUGAGCAGCUGAGCCAUCGCAUUGUGCUGGGUACGGACUUGUCGGUUCGAGUGGAUGAGUUCGAGUACACCGCCAACCAGCUGCCCCUGCUGGCUGAGCGCAUUCCGGAGUUCGAGAUCAUGAACAUCGGCGAGCAGAUCUACUUCCGCUCUAGAGUGUACAGCAUCGAACUGAAGCUGGAUGUUCGGGGACGAGUUGGCGUAAAGGUGAACACAUCGUUGAACGGCACCCUGGCUGGCCUCUGCGGAUUUUUCAACGGGGAACCCUCCGACGACUUUCUGACGCCAUCCGGAAGUCAAGCACCGAGUGUUGCAGAAUUUGGCAACAGUUGGUCCACUCCCGGUGCUGGGGAGGAGUGCCGCCCUUUGGAAUGCCCAAAAGAAGCCCUGAUUGCAGCUGCCGCCAUCUGCAACAAGCUUAGGGAGGAGCCCUUGUCCGUGUGUCCUGGGCUGGACACGCAGCUUUCCAACUGCCUCAGCGCCACGUGCGAGUGUCUUCAGCGUGGGAACUCCAGCAGCGAGUCUGAGUGCGCCUGCGAGGCCUACCUGGAUGCGGUCACCCACUGCGACAUUGAGAACCGCGACGAGACGCUGAAGGGAUGGCGCCUGCGACACGGAUGUGUGCCCGAUUGUCCACCAGAGAUGCAGUGGCUUGACUGUGGACCUGAAUGCCAGCUGACGUGCCAGAACUUUUUGAGUGGUGAAGUUGGCUGUGCCAGCAAGAAGUCCUGCAAUCCCGGCUGCUUCUGUCCACCAGGAACUGUGCUUGACGGCGACAUAUGCAGGAAUCCCGAUGAAUGCGCUGACAAGGUAUGCACGGGCUACGGUGACCCGACCAUCGAAACGUUCGACGGUUGGAAAUUCCAGCUACAGUCGAGUGGCCACUUCGACUUGGUCUCGGACUCCGAGGGACGAUUCACCGUGGAUGGUGUGACCGGAAAGUGCGAAGAGCGGCUCACCUGCAUCGUGGGACUCAACGUGGAACACAAAAGUCACGUGGCACGCAUCAGAAGGCAGAAACCGGCGGUAAUUGAUGGCAACGAGUACGAAGCGAAGGACCUGCCGUGGAACGGUGACGGUCUCACCGUAUUCGCGAUGCCUGGACAGGUGACCGUCGUUCUUUUCCGGGAGUUGGGCGUACAGGUGCGCUACAACGAGAUAAGCGCUGCUUUCUCCAUCCACGUGCCUUCCAAGAACUUCUUCAACAGGACUGAGGGUCUCUGCGGUAACUGCAACGGACAGCCAGAUGAUGACAAAAAGAAGAAGGACGGCACUAUCUCGGAUGACCUCAUCGAUUUCAUCUGCAGUUGGGAGACGCAGCUUUCACCCGAACAAUGCGUCAUGAAUUUCACUGGCGUCGAGCCGACGGCCCCACCUCCACCGGGAGCCUGCUCGGAGAUGCUGGACCGAUCAGUUUUCGGCGAGUGCCCCAACCUGGUGGACGUGUCCAAGUACCUGGACCAGUGUCGUCACGACGCCGCCCUGAGCUUCACGGAGAAUGCAGCAACGUGUGCUUCUCUCAUCGAGUAUGCGCACGCCUGCUGCCGUGCAGGAGUGCACGUCGACGAUGCCUACAUACAGCGGUUUUGCAACAUAACGUGCCCCGGUGACACAGCCUACAUGAGCUGCCACGACGGCUGCCCACAGACCUGCGAUGCCGAGUAUCGUCAAGAGAAGGGAGUCAAGGGUGGCUCCGUGGCCAAGAGCCACUACCACAAGGCCGACUGCAAGAAGCUUCUGGUCGAUGGAUGCUUCUGUUCCCGAAGGGUCGGUCUUCCUCGACGGCAUUUGCAGGCCACGAGAAACCUUUGUGAUGAGGAAGGACAUAAGGUGGGCGACGAGUGGCAGCGCGACAGGUGCACACGCUGCACCUGCAAGAAGGGGGGCCGCGCCGACUGCCAGCACGAGGUGUGCCCGUCGGACCCCGUGUGCCGCGAGGACCAGAAGCUGGUGCGACAGAGCGACGGAGACCGCUGCUGUGACGAGAAGCACUGCCAGGACGUUGUCGAACAGUGUCCCGAACUGAGCCUGCCCAAGUGCAAGAAAGGCGACGUGGCCAAGACCAGGACGGACGAAAGGGGUUGUCCCAUGUAUUUCUGCGAGUGCGACCCUGCACUGUGCCCUCCCGUGGUGUGGCCCACCGACUUGGAGAUCGGCCAGGAGGCUGUGGUGACGCCGGAGGGAUGCUGCGCCACACUCGAAGCCAUCUGCUACCCGGAAAAGUGUCCACCCGAGCCUCCUUGCCCGACCGGCACGAAGCUAAUCGCCACUCCUGGGGCAUGCUGCAACAACUACAAGUGCAAAGCCCCAGAGGGAGUUUGCCUGUACACGCACCAGUACGAAAUCAACGACGAAGGACGGGAGGUUCCCGUGGAGGUGCAUCACCAGAACGUGUCUUUCUACGAGGCUAACAGCGUUUGGAAGGAUGGCCUAUGCCGAAACUGCACUUGCGACGGAUCCGGAUCUCAGUUCAUGGCGCGAUGUACGCAAGAGACCUGCUACGAGAGUGCCGAGCUGCCCGAUGACAAGGACUACUACUUGACCGUGGUGGACGUACCUCUACGCUGCUGUCCCAGCAUCGUGCGACUCUUCUGCAAGGAUGACUACGGUAACAUACGCGAGCCCGGCGACGUGUGGCAGUCUCGCGAGGACCCGUGCCAGUCGCAUGUUUGCGAGAGAACAGCGGCGGGAGAAGUACACAAGGUGCUUCGCUCCAUCGUGUGUCCGAAGUGCCCGGAGAAUUCGCAGGAGAUCGGCCCGGCCAAGGGCGAGUGCUGUCCGCGCUGCCAGGUGGUGGCUUGUGACGAGGCCGGCACGCUGCACCCUGUGGGCACUCGCUGGAACUCGACCGUCUAUCCGUGCUACGCCGCUUCGUGCGAGCAGCACGGCGACAGCGUGCGCACAGUCUACAACAGCCCUUCCUGCGCGCCUGUGCCCAAAAAGUGCCCCAAGGAUAUGAUUGUGUGGGAUGAAAAUCAGUGCUGCCAAAAAUGUAACAUCACCACUGUUUCCGAAGAAGUCUGCUCACCCGCACCAAUGGAGCUUCAGCAAACCCUCAACAUGUUCACGUACCGCCAUCAAAAGUGGGGACUUUGCGUCAACACAGAGCCAGUUCAAGGAGUCAUGGAGUGUGCCGGCAACUGUGAAUCACACGCUUAUUUUGCGACUGGAAAUUCAGAGGAGUUUCAGUCUGACUGCAAAUGUUGCAAGCCCUUGACAUUGGAGUACGGUGAAGAUUGA